UACAUACUGCAUACUAUAAAUAGUUGAAUAAACUGAGACUGUACCUUACACAAAUACUGUGAAAUUGUGCAAAAGAGAUAUUUUGAGGGAAGCAGCGCAUAAUGCAAGAUGAUUGUAGUGCAACGCACAAAUAAACAUAUAAUCAUAUUGAGAACAAAGUAAUAUUAUCAUUAUUUGGUCUUUAAGUCUAACCUCUCACGUCUCUUACAGUAGCUUGUUCUGUAACUACAUUCUCAAACAGAAAGGAAAAAACAUAGGCCUAUACAUCUUUUACAGAACUGUUUUUAAAACACUUUUCAUCAAUCAAACAUUUCUGUCUCAGACUUGAGAACUAAAGUCCUGAUUUAAUAAUAUCAUAGGUCUCAUGAUCAGAUGUUUGUGAUCCUCUCUCGCUCUCUGCUGCCCAAACCACAGAACAUCAUCUCAUCAUCAGCUCAAAUCUUCAUCUCAUUCAGAGUUAAUGAAAGUCAUUCUUCUUUACUGUAUACAACACAAUGGAAGAAGAGCAGUUGACUUUAUUAAUCAAUAUAUGACUUCAUGUUCUGAUACAUUAUGUCUGAUACCAAUGUAACUAAUGUUGAUAUUAAUCCUGACUGUGGAUGUCCUUUACUGCACGAUCCUCCAGAUGAUGAUGAAGAGAGCACAGACUGCCGUGUAGUUUUGCACACGUCUCUCAAACACAAACCAGGAAAUGACUUCGCUGUUUCUGGAGAGAGAAAGUGAAAGUGAAGCGUCUCUCUUUCACACAAACUCACACACAAUGGCAGAAGCCAGUAUUCCAGUGGAUCAGGAUCAGUUCACGUGUCCAGUGUGUCUGGAUCUGCUGAAGGAUCCGGUGGCCAUUCCCUGUGGACACAGUUACUGUAAGAGCUGUAUUACAGGCUGCUGGGAUCAGGAGGAUCAGACGAGAGUCUACAGCUGUCCUCAGUGCAGACAGACCUUCAGCUCCAGACCUGCUUUAGCUACUAAUGUCCUGCUGGCUGAAAUGCUGGAGAAACUGAAGAAGACCAGACUCCAAACCGCUGAUAGUGACGCUGGAUCCGGAGAUGUGGAGUGUGACGUCUGUACUGGGACCAAACUCAAAGCUGUCAAGUCCUGUCUGGUGUGUCUGAACUCUUACUGUCACGAUCACCUUCAGCAACAUGAGAGUUUCUUCAGAAGCAAGAAACACAAACUGACCGAAGCCACUGGACGACUGCAGGAGAUGAUCUGCUCGAAGCACCAAGAACAGCUCAAACUCUACUGCAGAACUGACCAGCGGUGCAUCUGUUAUCCGUGUUUGAUGGAUGAACACAAGAACCACGAAACUGUGACCGCAGAAGCAGAGAGGACCGAGAAACAGAGGAUCCUGAAGGAGACACAAGUGAAAUAUCACGAGAGAAUCCAGCAGAGAGAGGAAGAGCUGAAGGAGCUGAGAGCGGCUGUGGAGUCUCAUGAGCGCUCUGCACAGACAGCAGUGGAGGACAGCGAGAGGAUCUUUACUGAGCUCAUCCGCUCCAUCGAGAGAAGCCGCUCUGAGCUGAUACGGCUGAUCAGAGAUCAGGAAAAGCAAGCAGUGAGUCGAGCUGAAGGACGACUGGAGCGACUGGAGCAGGAGAUCAAUGAUCUGAGGAGGAGAGACGCUGAGCUGGAGCAGCUUUCACACACACAGGAUCACAUCCAGUUCCUGCAGAGUUUCCAGUCGUUCUCCGUCUCUCCUGAAUCUACAGACGAACCCAUCACCAUCAGCUCUCUCCUCUCGUUCAGUCAUGUGGAGAAAUCUGUUUCUGAACUGAAAGAAAAACUGGAGGAUUUCUGCAAAGAAGAGAUUGAACAGAUAUCUGGCAGAGUAACAUACAGUGACAUUAUUCCUCUCAAAGAAGCGAAGACCAGGCCAGAGUUCCUGCAGUAUCGCAGGUUUCUGACUCUGGAUCCAAACACAGUGAAUAAACACAUCCGUCUGUCUGAGAGAAACAGAGCAGCUGCUGUCACUGACUCAGAUCAGCCGUAUCCUGAGCAUCCAGACAGAUUUGAUGAGCAUCCUCAGGUGUUGUGUAGAGAGAGUGUGUGUGGACGCUGUUACUGGGAGAUCGAGUGCAGUGGAGAUGAUGGUGUGGAGAUAUCAGUGUCAUAUAAGAGCAUCAGCAGGAAGGGAGACGGUGUUGAGUGUGUGUUUGGAUCUAAUAAUCAGUCCUGGAGUUUGAUCUGCACUCCCUCCAGAUACUCAUUCUAUCACAAUAACAUAGAGACUGAUCUCUCUGUGGAGCCCAUCAGCAGGAGAAUAGGAGUGUUUGUGGACCACAGAGCAGGAACUCUGUCCUUCUACAGCGUCUCUGACACAAUGAGCCUCAUCCACACAGUCCAGACCACAUUCACUCAGCCGCUCUAUCCUGGGUUUUAUGUUUAUACUGCAUCAUCAGUGAAACUGUGUGAUCUAACAGCAGAGAUAGAAACCUGAGUCUGUGACUUGGACUCGAGUCACACAGAAGUCACAAAAAAAAAAACCAAACAAAAAAAAAACACUUGACUUGGACUUCUGAAGAUCUGACUCGAGACGUGACUUAGAUUUAAAGACAGACUGAAAACACAAGUCAUUUUGUGUCAUGAUCCUCUUGUUUAAGGAUUGCGGAGCUGAAGUUUGCUGGUUUUUCUGUUCACCCAUAUUUGAUUUACCUUUUGUUAAUAAACGCUGCUUGUGCUUGGAUCCACCGUC